CCACCGGAGGGGCGGGGUUCUCUCUCUUCUAAACCGAUACAAGCGGUUAGACUCCUCCCGUCGCCCGUCGGCGGACGACGCACAGAGAAGCGAACAAUCAACAGUUUUUCUUUCAAAACAUUACCGGACAUGAGGAAGUAAGAGUCAGUGAGUGAGAGUGGGCAGGCUGGAGAAACAGGGUAACAGACACUCCUUUAACACGUUAGUUAGUCAAUAACACAACGAUAGCUAGUCAGUGACAUUAAAAACUGAACGUCAGGGUCACUAACGUAGCAACAGAGGACAGCAGAGGUGUAUUUAUUUAGGUUAUAGUAACGUAAAUAUGACGAGCCUACAACAUAGCCAAUGCUAGCUAACAUGAGUGUUACAGCGCGGCAGUCUGGAUCUGUCAGACUCUAACUUAAUGACAAUGAACGUAAGUGAUCGUGUCAGGAGUAACGUUACAGACACUUCCUGUAGCAGUGUCGUGCUGGCCGGUAGCUAGCUGUCUAUAAACAAUGGCUUCAGUGGAGAGAGGCAGCGAGGAAGAGGCAGCUCCUGAUGAGGAGGAUGGAGACGAGGAGCGGGGUUGGAUCAUAAAGCCAGGCAGGUCGGAGGCUCGUAAGGACCCCCCAGCAGACACUGUGUCGCGGCGGCUCUGGAGAGGACUUGAGGAGGACUCCGAGAGGAACACUGGAGCGACCAUAUCAAGUGGAGUGAUGUCUGAUGGUCCCUCCGUGUCCCCCUCCAGCCUCAUGGACACCUGUGGUCCUUCCAUAUCAAGCCUCUCCUCCUCUCACUCACCCACCCAUCACCAUGCCAACUCCUCCUCCUCCUCAUCCUCCUCUUCCUCGGUCUUGUCUCUGACUCCACCCUUGCCUCCCUCUGUGGAGCUCCCAGCUGUGUUGACUGAUACAAGACUGACCCUGGAUGUGUACCAGGGAGGAGCAGCUGCACUGCCUCUGAUUUGGAGGUCCAUCCCAGAGCAACUGAGGGGUCUCCAGUACGUGAGACUGGGCUCUGAGGACGAACCAGGUCUGGAUGGUGCCCUGGAGGUCCUACACCACCUGACAGGGCUGCGCUCACUUGCUAUUCGAGGACACUGUUUUUAUGACUCGCGAGGUGACCCGCUGCCUGGCCUCCUCACCACUUUGCCCACAUCUGUUUCCUCCCUCUCUCAUCUGGUGCACCUGGAUCUCUCCUUCAACCAGCUCUCCUGUCUGCCGUCCUGCCUUCUCAGCUUGCCCGCGCUGUCCUCUUUGCUCCUCGGUCACAACCACCUCUCGGCCUUGCCUCCUGACAUUGGCCAGCUGUCCUCCCUCACCUACCUCUCCCUCCUGGGGAACAAGCUGGUCUCUCUCCCCCCAGGUGUGGCUCAUCUGAAAGCACUACAGACACUGGAUGUUUCACAUAACCUCCUUCAGCAGCUACCUGAUGAAAUUGGUUCCCUGGAGGAGCUAGUAAAGCUGGAAUUGUCUCAUAACGAGCUGAAGCAGCUACCAGAGAGCAUGGGCUCUCUUCUCUCCCUCAGAGAGCUUGUCAUCUACAGCAACGACCUGCGGCUGAUCCCACAUUGUCUGAACAAACUGCCUCUGCUGAAAAUAGACGUGCGUGACAAUCCUUUGGGACAACCCCCGACCCCGCCUCCUCUCCCUCCUACACCUGAUCAAGCAGAACGAAAAAUUCCAGAGUUGCAUCUCGGAUUUAAGCAGCACAGUUUCUGUGUUUCGUCUGCUGGGUGUCAUGUGUUUCUCCCAGGGGGGGCUGAGCUGCUGUUCCCCCCGGGGUGCCUGGUGACAACCACAAGACUGGAGUGGGUUGAGAAAAGGCCAGAAAAGAAGUGGGUGUGGUUAGAGGAGCAUGACAUCUUACUGAGUCGUCCACUGGAACUUCGUCCUCAUGGAAUUACGUUUUUAAAGCCGGUGGAGGUGUGUGUGCCAUAUCCUCGGACGAAAAGAAGGGAGGUGGUGGUGCAGAGGUUUGACGGACAGUCAUGGAGCACUCUGCCCACAGUUCUGAGGAGAGGAAGUGAGGGCCAUAGCAGUCACCCUGGUGGGCGUCCGGCCAGGCUGGCCUGCUGCGCGGUGAGCCAGUUCUCCUGGUUUAUGGCAGUGUCCCGUCCAGUGAAGGACAGUUGCUCUGUUACACCAGCUGGAGCUCUGCUGGUGUCCAGCUCUGAUCCUGGAAUUAAGCUCCACUUCCCUCCAGACUCCACCGUGCAGACCCGCGCUAUAACUUUACAGGUGCUGCAGGUGCCUGUGUCAGAGGUGCAGGCGCUGUGUGGUGAUCCUCAGGCUAGUGUUAGCCCUCUCCUCUGCCUCUCCCAGACUCCCAGCAUACAUUUCCUGCAGCCUAUCAAAGUUCAGGUCCCUCUGCCAUCUGGAGUCACAGGCCACACAGUUGAUAUGUCCUGUUUGCAUCUGCUACAUGGAGACCCCAGUGCUCAAACCUGGACUGACAUUACAUCGCAGGUGUCUCUCUACGUUACCCAUUUGUAUGCUAUUUUCUACAUCACACAUUUCUCCUGGUACUGGCUGUGGUACACCACUCAUCGCUGUGUUAGCGGGGUAGUCAGGAAGGUCUAUCAAAAGCUAAAACAGUUCAAAGUCCAGUUCCUCGUCCUCCAGCGGAAGACUGAUCCUUUACAAGUUAUGCUACAGUGUUUACCUUCUAACAAGGUGGACAGCAGAGUGCAGUCUCUGUCAGCGCAAUAUGAUGGACCACAGCCUUCAGACCUGUGUGACCUGCUGGAAGGAGAGCAGUUCUUUGCUGGCUUUGAGAGAGGCUUAGAUAUCAGCACAGAGAGCCCAGACUGCGUGGGAGGAAGACUGCGUUUUGAGUUUUACUCCAGCAUGAAUAAUCUGAAGGAAGUGUACAUCUGUCCAGCUCAGGGUCAGAAGGGGCCAGUGAGGGGUCAAGUGUCUUUUUAUAGAGGGGAGAUUCCCAACAAUCUGCCAGAGGAAGUGGCGAGGAAGAGGAAAGGAGAUGACAGCCAGUGGCUUGCAACUUUACCGCUAAGACUUCCUGCUCUAAACUCAGAAAAUAAUUUCAUCAUGGAGGAGCUGCAGUAUCCUCCUCUGAACCUGGGUGACCCUGAGAGCGGCUACCUCACAGAAGCCAACCUGCUGUCCAUCUCUCUCCAGAUAGGACAGGACUGGCGUACUAUUGGUAUCAAUCUUGGCUUAAGCUACCAGGAGUUGGACCGCAUCCAGUACAAGUACAGGGAUAACCUGGGAACUUUGGUGCUGGACAUGCUUUUCCACUGGGCCCGGGGACAGAGGAACGCAGGACCAGGGGCAGUGUCGAGGCUCGUGUCCGCUAUGAUAGAGAGCGGCAGGAGGGACCUGGCGGAUGAGAUUGAGGACAUUGUCAGUAUAGGGAGGAGAAAGUACUCCGAGUCACUGAGGAGAGUGGGCCUGGAAGCAGAGGGCUCCUCCCUCGGUGAAACACAGCAGUAGAGGAACCCACGCUGGGUGCAGAUGGCUGACUUACACUUGAGUAACCCGUUUGUUUACAAUGUCCCCCCCAUCUUCUCAUCCUGCUGUCUAAACAACUGUCCUGGAGUACAAAGAAAUCUCUCAAUCAUGAUAGCCAGAGACUAGCUGGUGGCACCUUUCAGAGAACUACAGGAGGCAGGUGAAAUGGAUGAACUGCAUGAAGGUGGAUGGCCUGUGGCUUGUUUUCACCACUUUUUAAAAACUCUUUCAGUGUGCGAGCAACGCUGUGGAGGUGGAAACGUUCUGCUACCAAAACCCGGAAAUUUCUGCCUGAAAUACGGUAUCAGAGAGUAUGCAUCUGUGCACUGAUCCGAUACAUCGUAAUUCAUUAGCCCUAAAAUGGGAUGACGAAGUGACCCCCCUCCUCCGACUCUUACAAAGGGUUUAAACUGAGCCAGGCCAAACAACUGCAGCAGACUUACACACACAGACUUUGUAGUAUUUGUUAUAAAAUAAUAAUUUACAGAAUAUAUAUAUUUAUUUCUAUUUUUUAAUGCACAUGUAUAGGAUUGGUGCUAGGAAUCAGUAUCGGGAAGGAAAAACAUCUCUAAUGAAAGGUGAUUUUUAUGACUUCAUUCUUAAUAUUUUUGUCGUUAGUAUGUCAUAAGUUGGAUUUAGCAUCUCAUUACUGUCACAUAAUAUUGAAUUAUAGUUUAUAAUUGACACAGAAUCUCCUAAUUUCAAUUUACUAUCCCAUAAGUUUGACAAUGUCCUCAUUAUGACUCAGUGACUCAUGUGACUUACUAUGAGUAUUUUCAUCCCAGUGUUAUGUUUUAUUUUUCAUUUUCCAAGAAAUGACAAUUCCAUGAAAUUCAGGACCGAGUUAAGAGGCUGAGCAAACACUGGGAGCUGUUGGGACGUACUGAAAGUUUUUAUGGUUGAUUAAAUGUCUUCCUUGUGUGCCUUUGGUCACCUAGAAACAAGCUCAGCUGCAGCACAAUCUCAGUGACAAAUCAGGAACUGUUUUUACAUUGUUUUCAUCUUUAGUAAAAACUCAUAUAAAGACAUGUGUCAGCUGUUUUCUUCUGCUGGGAGUCCUGUAGUGCAGCUGGUCUCAACCUGGGGGGUCGGCUUCAUCAUGGGGGCCUUCUUUAUUUUAAAGGUUGUAUAUUUGAAAGUAUAAACAAAAGGCCUAUAUCUCAGCA